AUGCCAACGGAACUCUGCCGGGCCGUGAGAAUGCACGCCAUCUCCGACCUCCACUCCUCCCUCACCCUGCGACUCCUCAACAAGGGGCCCGAGUACCUCCGCAGGCAGAUGGAGGCGGGCAGCCCGGGCAGGAAAAGUGCCGUGGAGAGGCUGGCAGCCGGCAAGGCCCAGAACGUAAAAAGCCGGCAGGUAAUCGGCACCACGCAGGAGCCCGUCAUCGCGCUGAGCUCGGCCUCGGAGAGCAGCAGCGAGACCUGCUCCGUGGAGAGCAAGAUCAGCAGGGACUUUGGCAGAGGGGAGGGCGCGAAGCCCCUGGAGCUGGCGAAGGCGGUGUACUCCUGCCGUGCCCCCCUGCAGCACGGCCCCCCCAUAGCCAGGCGCAGCACCCCCAAGAGGCAGAUGCGGCCGGAUUCCCUGGUGAUUUACCGCCAGAAAUGCGAGUUUGGGAGAGGUCAAAGCCAGGACAACUCACGGGGGAGCUUGGUGAGGAGGAUCUUCCACGGGUCUGUAAAGGAGAAGCAAUUGGCUUCCCCUGCGAUGCCCAGAGUCAUGGAGGACGCCACAGCCACCGAGAGCAAAGAGCCUCUCUCAGCGAAACACGGUGACCACGAGCCAAGCGACCGUGGAGCUGAGCAAACCAUCACCGUGAGCACCGAAGCCCCAGGGGUAUGUACAAAAGAGCAUGAGAGACCCUCAAAACCGAGUGUACCUCCUGAGGAGGUCAAGGAGGUGAGGAGGAGAGGUCUCCAUCGCUCCCAGUCGGACAUCAGCUCUCGCUACUCCAAGUCCUUCUCUGAGUUUGAUACAUUUUUCAAGUACUGUGGCCUGGAGCAGGAGGUCAUCGAGGAUCUUGGGAGAGAGAACUUCUCCGUGGUGUCCGACAACAUCUCCUUCAAGAUCCGCAGCAUCAGCAUGGCAACGUCCGAGAGCGACUUCACGAGGCACAGCGGGGACGAGGGGCUGCUGGAGGACGAGCUCACAGAGCAGGUCCCGAGCAGCACCUCCGUGAUCGAGCGCAACGCUCGGAUUAUCAAAUGGCUGUACACGUGUAAGAAAGCCAAGGAGACUAACAAGGUGACCCAGGAACUGGCAUGA